CAUAACACUGAAGAACAUCUCCAAGGUUAUCACAAAGGACACUCCUGUUUUACCAAAGCAGAAUGAUUCUGAAAUGGGUGCCAAAAAUCCUGUUCCUGUGAAUGAAAACAAGGAAGAUUUGCGACGGCCUAAACCUAAAGUAUUUAGCAUGGAGCAAGGAACUACCCAAGGGAUCAUGAACAAUCUUAGACAAAAUGCUAAAAAAAUCAGUGAAGCACUCAAUUAUGGUGGAUGGAAAUGGAAUACUUCAUCCACGAGAAUUUGGUUUGGCGUGUCAUUUAGGUGUUCUUUCUCACCUCCCUACCAUUGGGGUCGGAAAGAACCUGCAUCAUGUGGAUGGUCUGAAUCAAUCUGAGGUGAGACUUCAGCUCAAAGAAAACGAGUAUGAGCAAGUUAUCACUUUGGUAGGGAACUCUGGAUUUACUUGGGGAGUAGUAAGAUUCCGUCCAACUCUGAGUUCUCUGAAGCCCAUAUACAUUUCGGUUGGCCAUCGCAUAUCACUCGACUCUGCUGUUGAAAUUGUCAAGAUGACCUGCAACUACCGUGUUCCCGAACCUAUUAGACAGGCAGAUAUGAGAUCAAGAGCAUAUCUCCAGAAGCAUCAAACUGAGCCUUUUAAAAGUACCUGUACUGCGACGACCGGAUCAGACUGAAGCUUAAUCUCUCGAACGAGGCAUUGAACACUAUUCCACGUUACAUAGAACUCUCCAAAGUCUUUACUUUGAUGGAUAGAUCACGUCACUGAAGCUCCGCCCCAAUUCUCUCCUUCAUUUAUCUAAUUGACUUGAGAAUCGCAAGCUAAACCAAGAUAAUCAAUGCUGUAUUCAAUACAUUGGAAUGUUCUUUACAUACAUACCGUAAAGCUUAGUGUAAAAAGAAAGAGUAGGAAAAGUGCUCUCGGGUCAUGGUAUUAUUUUAAGUUGUUUGGGGACCUUUUGUGAUAUUGGGAGAUUUUGGGGUUCUCCACAACAAUUCCAGUGGUCUUUGGUUUGGUAUUUCUCUUAGUUCACCGUCUGUAUGCAACUC